AUGUUUCUGGAUCGUCUACAUACUGCGCAGCCCAACAGCGCGUGCGUGAUGGAGUCCUUCGACGUUACCGCCCUUUAUACAAACGUGUCGAAUGACUCCGCAAUGCAAGCCAUAUUCGAACUCCUUACACAACACGAAGGAGAAAUAAACAUAUGGUCUGGAAAGUACUACGCUCAAAUAAGAGGGUUGGCAAUGGGGCAACGACUGGCUCCAAGCCUUGCCAUUGCAUUUAUGUCUAAGGUGGAAGCACCGGUGACUGAUCUCGGGCCGCUACUAUACUGUAGGACAUCUCGAUCGGAUCAGCAACAAACACGAAGUGUAUUCUCAUCAGCCAAAGCAGUGGAAAGGAGGAAGAAGAAAAUCCGAGCAACUGUAUCACCUCGUCCGGGUGGAAUAUGGCGCCGAGGAACGAUAAUUUUCGAAGGUGCAAAAUUAACAUCGGCUGCCACAAUGGCAACAACGACAACAAUGGCAGUUGCUUCUGUACCUGCUUCCGUAGCAGUUUUGGCAGAUAAAAAUAUUCGUCGUUUGAGGAAGCGGCCUGCGACGAAAGACCGUCAGUCUCAAACAAGAGUGAAGCUGGCAAUUUCGCCUGAACUUAGUGAGUCUACGUUGUCGUCACGACAACUUCGGGUGCCGCUGAUUAAGAAAGAUGGCAUUCCAAAACCUGUUGUUAUUCGACAAAAUCCUGAAAGCUACAAAGGACCCACAUUCAACUGCCGAAUUUUGAACGCCUAUAAUGAUGGUGUUGCUACGGAACAUCAUGAUCCGUCUUGCACGAUGGUCUUUCCAGGUCUCUCAAAGGAUGGAUCAUGCAGAUGUUAUUACAAGGUUUCAUCGAGAGAUGAGUAUGGCUGUGCUGUCGGAUUUCUUUACGCCUGCAAGCCACUAUGGAACAGAAGCGUUGUUGUAUAG